AUGGCGGCCGCAGUUGCUACAUUGCUCACAUGCAUUGCAAAGGCUGCGCCAGCGCCCAUAAUUUCUCUGACAAAACGAGACUUAAAGUUCGCUUUUGGCGAUGAGAAGAUCAGAGGGGUAAACCUGGGUGGCUGGCUUGUGUUGGAGCCAUGGAUCACUCCAUCGAUAUUCGAGGCAACGCCAGACAAAGUAGUAGACGAAUACACACUAGGAGAGACACUCGGCCAAGACGCAGCCUCGACUGUCCUUCAGAAACACUGGAGUACUUGGAUCACAGCAGAAGACUUCACCGACAUAGCCUCCAAAGGGCUCAACUUCGUCCGAAUCCCCAUCGGAUACUGGGCUGUAACCCCCCUGGAGGGCGACACCUACGUGUCAGGCGCCUAUGAGUACCUGGGCAAGGCGCUCGACUGGGCCCAAGCGGCCGGCAUCAAGGUCAUGAUCGAUCUCCACGGCGCCCCAGGCUCCCAAAACGGCCUCGACAACUCGGGCAAACGCGGUACCGUCGGCUGGACUCAAGGCGACACUGUUGCGCAGACCCUGACGACCCUCAACAAAAUCCGCGACGACCAUGCCGCUCACCCGGCCGUCGCUGCUAUCGAGCUUCUCAACGAGCCCAUGAGUCCGAAACUCGACAUGAAUAUCGUCCGCCAGUUCAUGUCUGAAGGUGCGGCUAAUCUAGAAAACACUAAUGUCGCCAUCACUUUCCACGACGCCUUUACGGGGGUUACGAGCUGGAACUCUUGGGGCUCAGGUCUGGACUCGCUGCUGCUCGACACACAUCACUACGAGGUUUUUGAUUCCGGCUCGCUGGCUUUUAGCAUCAAUGAGCACGUCAGCAGCGCAUGUGGUUUCGGUACACAGAUGGCUAGCACGAGUAAGUGGACCAUUGCAGGAGAGUUCACAGGUGCCGUUACAGAUUGUGCGAAGUGGCUGAACGGCCGCGGUGUGGGGGCAAGAUACGAUGGCACGUACAGCUGGGAGGGUGCAACAUCGUCAUACAUUGGGUCUUGUGAAGGGAAGGCCUCGGGUACGGUCGCUGGGCUCAGUGAUUCUGAUAAGAGCAACAUCAAGAGUUUUGUCAAUGCGCAGAUUGUAGCCUACGAAAAGGCUGCGGGGUGGAUCUUCUGGACUUGGAAAAAUGAAGCCGCGCCUGAAUGGAAUUUUAAGGACUUGGCUGAAGCUGGUCUUAUUCCGCAGCCGUUAAGUUCUACGAGUGCUGGUGUCUGUGGAUAG